ACCCAUUUAUCUCCCAUGUACCAUAGUUUUGCUUUUCAUCGACUUUCUUUCUCCAGAUUCUCCACUCUUGACUUCUAUAUCUUCCUCUUUUCCUACCUUCCCGAUCAGAUCUCUAAAAGCCAGUGAAAAGAAAACCUCCAGUGAAUCACCCAUGACGCUUGGCUCUGGAGGAUCGAGUGUCGUGGUGCCUCGGAACUUCAGAUUGCUGGAGGAGCUUGAACGUGGAGAAGAAGGUAUUGGAGAUGGUACCGUGAGCUAUGGAAUGGAUGAUGGAGAUGAUAUUUACAUGCGCUCUUGGACUGCCAACAUUAUUGAUCCUCAUAAUACCGUACAUGAGGGUCGAAUCUAUCAACUGAAGCUGUUUUGUGAUAAAGAUUAUCCCGAGAAGCCACCAAGUGGCCAUUUUCAUUCAAGGAUCAACAUGACUUUUGUUAACCAUCAAACCGGAGUGGUAUAUACUAAUAAUGUUACAUUCUUUCGUCAUGCAAUGAUCGGUUUAUUUAUUUCAUAUCCGUCAGUUAAUCAUUUGUUUCUUUUCGUUGAUUGGUUAAUAUCUUAAAUCACCUGUAUAUUCAUAUGGUUAAAUAGUAUUAUGAGAGAAAACAUGAUGACUUAGAUUUGAUGGUAUGGGAAUGGCACCAUGUGGAACCAAAGAAGUUUGGACUUAUUGCAAAUUGGCAGAGGGAGUAUACAAUGGAGGAUAUACUGACACAGCUGAAGAAGGAGAUGGCUUCCCCGCAUAACCGGAAGUUGGUCCAACCACCCGAGGGUAGCUACUUCUAGAUCUCAAGAUCGUAUUAGAUAUUAUCCUGGAUCGAAUAGCAUUCUUAGUAAUGCAAUAUAUAGUUUGUAAUGGUUGUUUGAUCCUUGCAUUAAGAACAAACUGGGGAAUGCCCUGAAAGAAAGCUUCUCUAAUUACU